AUGAAGGAUCUCCAACAGUCAGCUGACCCUUCUAUCUUUACUAAUACGCCACUGUCGCUUAAUAUCUCUGACUCAACUGAUUUAAAACUUAUUUUAAAUCAUUUGGAUGCCGUUCACGCCAAGCAAUCCAAUCUUUUUGACUUGGUUAAUAAACAAAGUAAGAAACUUGAUAUUUUUACCAAUAAGUUAACACAACUUCUGUCAGAACUAUCUGAAUUAUAA